AUGAGCUCUGACUCCAUUAGCCGUGUAGCUGUGGCCAGCAUGGUGGCCGGAGCCGCAGCUACCGCCUUCGUAGGCCCAUUGCAGGGAGCUCGCGCGCCAAGCCACACGACUCACACGAUCCAAGCUCUUCGGGGCAACUCCCAGGCAACACAGGGCUUGAGCCUUGGCACGGCAGCCAUGGGAACCGCUGGCCUGGCUGCUGUGGCCAGCAGCUUGCGCAAGCGUUCCAGCCGCUCUGCACGCGUGGCACGCCAGCAGGCGCCUCCCAGCGUGGUGGCUGAGCGGAAAGUCGGAGAUUUGUCUGGAGCACUGCCUGACUGCCCAAAGACGAUCUGGAAUGCCGAUGACAUCGACAUCAAGAAGCUCCCUGCUGUGAAGAAGACGGCGCCCUUGAUCAUCGAUGCUGCUGAGUUGGGGGAUGAGUUGCAGAAGGGCAAAGAGAAAGAGUGGGUUGCUGCUCAGAAGGAGAAGAUUAUGGCUCAGCUUCAGGACCAUGGUGCAAUCUGGUUCAGGAACUUCGAGUCCACUAAGCAGCCCGACGGCUUCCGUGAGUUCUAUGAGGCUUUGGAGCUGAAUCCAUGCCUAGACCCUAUCCACACCUCAGGACUGAGAGCCAUGGAAGAGAAGAAGCAUGCCGUCUAUGAGGCAGUGAACAAACCUUCCUUGGCGGGCCACUUCGUUGGAUUGCACAACGAGUCCACCUUCGUGAAGACAGCAACCUAUGGCGCUUUUGUGUGCUUCCAGAAGGCAUCUGAAGGAGGUGGGGAGUUCUUGAUUGCGGAUGGUGCCAAGAUCUUGGAGGAUAUGGACAAGGAUGUUUUGGAGAGGAUCUACAAGAACAAGGUGAGGAUCUCUGUGAGCAAUUUGGAUCUCAACUUCCUGGGAUCUUUGCCAGAUGGCUUCAGGGAGUCGGCCUCUGACUUCUUCCAGGAUUUGAUUCUGAAGGUCGUGGCUCCAAAGUUUGACAUGGACCUGGAGAUGAUCUACGGUGCGGACCAAUCCAACCCUUAUCGUUUGCAGGCCAUUGAGCAUGCCCAGUCACCGAUCAACAAACACCCUGUGACAGGCCAGCCAGUCUGGUUUUGCAACUUGCACAACCACAGCCGCUAUUUGCGGGACCGUCGUCCUUGCACUGUCCCAGAGGUUGGCAUGACUGACGUCUACAGCGGAGAUUUGUCCACCAUUCCGUAUGAUGACGUCCGACACAUCAACGAGGUGUGCGAGAAGAACAUCCACACCAUGGCCAUGAAGGAAGGUGAUGUCGUCCUUCUGGAUAACUAUCGUGUGCUUCAUGGACGGAACACCUUCGAAGGGGACCGCAAGCACGCAGUGACCUGGUUUGAGUCCUGCGGGGAGCCUUUGAGCCAGAACCAGCAGCAAAAGCCGGAUGACUUCAUGAACGAGCUCAUCAACAAGACCUUGGUGUAG